UGUGAAUGACCACGAAUGAGACCGUUUAUUCUUUCCCUGCCCUAUCAGGGAAAUGUUUUAGUUCCUUGUGAGGAUACUUACAAGAGUAAGAAUUUAGACUAAUUGAAAUCGAAGUGACCUAACUAGGCUCCACCUAUAAGAUAAGUUUCCUCGGUCAUCUUUUCCUUUUGUCUUUGGAAGGAACGAAUAUGCUUGAACUUUGUGAGAGGAACGAAGUUGCUGUCCAAUCGCUAAGGCGUUCCCACUGCUAGGGCUGUCGUUCAAACCAAUCACGGAAAAGCAUUUCCAAACGCUUAUUGUUCCAACCAUGGGCAGGCAUUCCAACACACUCGCUACGUAUCUUUCGCUCUAUGGCUCGCAACAACCUGCUCUUUGGUUCUAAGUGUGCUUUCAUUCCUCUCACUUUGUUCGAGCUACUACUUGAAUCAUUCUUCUGGUCUCUUCUCGCACCACAUAUAAGAAAGACUAUAGAAGAUCCAAGAACGAAAAUCAAACAGUACUAUCAAACUAGUAUAUAAUGAAUGACUUUCAUCGUCAUCGAUCAAUAACCGUCGUAUUUUGGAGAUGAUGAUAUAAUGGUUAAUUUUCUUUAAGUUUUUGCAUGGUGGCAAUCCUUUUAUUUUGUAUAAACUUGUGUAUGUGUAAUUGGGCUAUUGAAGGAAUAUAGAGGAACUACAUUCCACAAUGUUCAACAAUCAACUAAUGAUUAUGUGUGUCCAAUUAAUUAAUCACCUUGCAUCGAACAUAUGGAUAUGUCCGUAUGUGAUACCGUAUACAAUAUUGUUUUACACACAUAACUCGACUAUUUAAAAUUCACAAGUUACAAGUCGAUACUCACCAAACAUAAUUCGAGUAAUUAACAUACAUAGCUUAGUUGCCUUCUAAACAUUUAUAGUAGGGGAAAGUUUUAACAUAAACAAUUAAGAGUCGAUCACCAUGUUCACUCUCUAUUUGACCAAAUACACAAAUACUCAUCCCUUGGUUAUUUUUACAUCAUGCUUGGGGAAAAUGAAGAACACAACCAUUGCCACCCUCUCUAUCUCUUCUACUAAUUUAAAGGACGAUUUAUGCUUCGGUUUUGAAUCGAAUUUGAUUAUAACAUAUACAACAAAUUAGUAUUUGAAUUGAACCAGACUGGAUAUAAUAAUGUAAUUGUUUCACAAUAUAUGAUUUGUGAUUUGAAUUCAUGAAUGGUAUUAAAUAUAAAAGAAAAAUGGAUAAAAUAAUUCAAUUAGACUGAAUUUAAUUAAAUAUAAUCGAAUUUAAUCAUCAUUUCCUCUCUAUAUUAAAUACGCUCGAUUCGAAUUUAAUCAUCAUUUCCUCUCUAUUUUUGGUUUGUUCUCACUUCUCACCCAACUGGGUUUGGUUUUGGUUCCAAUCGACCCACACCCACUCUUAGGAAAAUUGAAAUAAAAAAUCCAUAAUCAAGGGGAAAACUAAAAUAAAAAUCGAUGAACAAUAAGUCAACGUGUUUAAGAUCGGCGGCUGGAACAACAUCGCCUAAGGAGUUAAACGUAAGCGCGACCACAGAGGAUUACGGAUUGGAUUUUCCUUCAAAAUUAAUUCUCACAUUUGCUCACUGAACCAGAGGGCAUACUUCUUAAAAACGCUUCACAAAAAAGGAUCCCUCGUCUAGUCGUCUUCGUAAUUUCGUUUUCCCUGCUGCUGAGAGAUAGGGAAAGAGGUUCUCUACUUCAAAUUUCAUUCCAUUCAGCCGGAAAACCUUACGCAGUAGAGAUCUCGAAGGCUUUGGAAGCCAUGGCUCAGCCUCUUGUGAAGAAAGACGAUGAUCGCGACGACGAAGCCGAAUACUCUCCCUUCAUGGGAAUCGAGAAGGGUGCUGUUCUUCAGGAAGCAAGGGUUUUCAAUGAUCCUCAGCUAGAUCCUAGAAGAUGCUCCCAGGUCAUCACGAAGCUCCUUUAUCUACUUAACCAAGGGGAAACAUUCACUAAGGUUGAGGCUACCGAAGUUUUCUUUGCUGUAACAAAGCUAUUUCAAUCAAAAGAUGUUGGGUUGAGAAGGAUGCUCUAUUUAAUGAUAAAGGAAUUAUCUCCUUCAGCGGACGAGGUUAUCAUUGUCACAAGUUCCCUCAUGAAGGAUAUGAAUAGCAAGACUGAUAUGUACCGGGCAAAUGCCAUUCGUGUGCUUUGUCGGAUAACAGAUGGAGUUCUGCUGACUCAGAUUGAGCGUUAUCUGAAGCAAGCUAUUGUUGACAAGAAUCCAGUUGUUGCUAGUGCUGCUCUAGUCAGUGGUAUCCAUUUGCUUCAGACAAAUCCAGAGGUAGUGAAAAGGUGGAGUAACGAGGUUCAAGAGGCAGUACAGUCAAGGGCUGCCCUUGUACAGUUUCAUGCUCUGGCGUUGCUCCAUCAGAUACGGCAAAAUGAUCGACUAGCUGUUAGCAAAUUGGUUACUAGUUUGACCAGGGGAACUGUUCGUUCACCAUUGGCUCAAUGCCUUUUGAUACGUUAUACGAGUCAGGUCAUCCGCGAGUCUGCUUCUAACUCACAAGGUGGUGAUCGCCCGUUUUAUGAUUUUCUUGAAGGUUGUCUUCGCCAUAAGGCAGAGAUGGUCAUUUUUGAGGCUGCUCGAGCUAUCACAGAGCUAAGUGGUGUGACGAGUCGAGAACUGACUCCAGCAAUUACUGUUCUGCAGCUCUUUUUGAGCUCUUCCAAGCCAGUAUUGCGAUUUGCAGCUGUUCGCACCUUGAACAAGGUUGCAAUGACUCAUCCAAUGGCUGUUACUAACUGUAACAUAGAUAUGGAGAGUUUAAUUUCUGACCAGAAUAGAAGCAUUGCCACACUUGCCAUCACCACAUUGCUAAAGACAGGCAAUGAGUCAAGUGUAGAUCGUUUGAUGAAGCAGAUUACAAAUUUCAUGUCCGAUAUUGCUGAUGAGUUCAAGAUUGUGGUAGUGGAAGCCAUAAGAUCUCUGUGCUUGAAGUUUCCUCUGAAAUACAGAUCACUGAUGAACUUCUUAAGCAACAUUUUGAGGGAAGAAGGUGGAUUUGAGUAUAAGAAAGCCAUUGUAGAUUCAAUUGUGAUCCUUAUCAGAGAUAUCCCUGAUGCAAAGGAAAAUGGCUUGCUUCAUUUGUGUGAGUUUAUUGAAGACUGUGAGUUUACCUACCUUUCCACCCAGAUACUUCAUUUCCUGGGGAUUGAGGGCCCAAAGACUUCUGAUCCCAGCAAGUACAUACGUUACAUCUACAACCGUGUACAUCUUGAGAAUGCUACUGUCCGGGCCGCUGCUGUGAGCACGCUGGCAAAGUUUGGUGCUAUGGUUGAUGCCUUGAAGCCGCGUAUCUUUGUCCUUUUGAGGCGCUGUCUAUUUGAUAGUGAUGAUGAGGUUCGUGAUCGUGCAACUCUUUAUCUUAAUACACUUGGUGGGGAUGGAGAAGUUGUUGAAACUGAUAAAGGUGUGAAGGAGUUUCUCUUUGGAGCCUUGGAUAUUCCACUUGUCAACCUCGAGACAAGUUUGAGAAAUUAUGAGGCUUCAGAAGAUGCUUUUGAUAUUAACUCUGUUCCAAAAGAAGUGAAGUCUCAGCCACUUGCAGAGAAGAAAGCUCCAGGGAAGAAACAGCCAACUGGUUUGGGUGCUCCUCCAGCUGCUCCUCCAACUACUGUUGAUGCUUAUGAAAGACUUCUUUCUUCAAUUCCAGAGCUUGCUAGUUUGGGGAAACCUUUCAAGUCCUCAGCACCUACGGAGCUUACAGAAGCAGAGACAGAAUAUGCUGUUAAUGUUGUGAAGCACAUCUAUGAUAGGCAUGUUGUGUUCCAAUACAACUGCACAAACACAAUCCCAGAGCAGCUACUGGAAGAAGUUGGUGUGGUGGUGGAUUCUUCCGAUGCAGAGGAAUUCGGUUUCGUAUUAUCAAAGCCUUUGAGGUCUCUUCCUUAUGAUUCUCCUGGUCAAACAUUUGUUGUAUUUGAGAAGCCAGAGGGAGUCCCUGCAGUGGGGAAGUUCUCUAACACCCUGAAAUUCAUUGUUAAAGAGGUUGAUCCUAAUACUGGAGAAGCAGACGAAGAUGGAGUGGACGACGAAUACCAAUUGGAGGAACUGGAAGUCGUGUCGGCAGAUUACAUGCAGAAGGUUGGGAUUUCCAACUUCCGGAACGCAUGGGAAAGCUUGGAUGCUGACCUAGAACGUGUGGAUGAAUAUGGGCUUGGUCCCAGGGAGAGCCUUGCUGAAGCUGUUAAUGCAGUCAUCUCUCUUCUCGGAAUGCAGCCUUGCGAGGGAACCGAGGCGGUCCCAAGCAAUUCAAGGUCGCACACAUGUCUACUGUCCGGUGUGUUCAUAGGCAAUACGAGGGUUCUUGCGAGGUUGCAGUUCGGACUCACUGGUCCAAAGGAAGUCGCGAUGAAAUUGGCCGUGAGAUCCGAUGAUAUCGCUGUUAGCGACGCGAUUCAUGAAAUCGUCGCCAGCGGCUAAGAAUUGGAUAUACAAGGAGCUAGAAAGGAAGCUGUAAUAUUUGUGAGUGCGGCCGAAGAAAUUAGGACAUAUCAUUCUUUUGUUUCCGCUUUCUCCCCCUUUUUCUUGUAUUCUAAAAUUUUAGAGGUCUUGUGUGAGCCUCGUUAAAGGACUUGUCAUACUGUGUUGUUUUUUUGGUUUGUUAUACGGCAGCGAUGAAUUUUGGGAGUCGAUACAAGCGAGGUUAAAUAUAUAUCAUGGUAGCUGCGGACUAUAUUUUUAGCUAAUGUUACCAUUUGAGAUUUCUCCCAUGUUUGGUGGCAAGCGUUCAUAUGCAAACAUUGUUAACAUGUAACAGGGUGUGUGGACGACGAAAUCUGUAAUUCGCAACAUAAAAGAGAUAUUCGACUAGGUUUUUUACACAAGUUAGGGUUCCUACUCCCUAUAGAUACAAACUUCCUUUGCAUUUGCAUUACAACAGCAUCGACCUCAAACAUUCUUCUUCUACUUCCAUAUUAAUGACUCGAAACAGAGCAGGGUAUAGCUCGGAGCUAAAUACACUGUUACAGUAACA